CAUGAAUGUAUGCAUUUGCUAUUUCUCUCUCUCUCUCUCUCUCUCUCUCUCUCUCUCUCUCUCUCUCUCUUCAUAAAACUCUGAAGCUUCGAAUCUCAGAGCCCUCCUCUCUACUCUCUACCGUUUCUUUAUCGAUGGCGACACCUACCCAAAACUCCCCACUUUUCAAUGCCCGUUCUUGCCGCUGUUCGUAGCUCAGCUUGAACGAAUCUGUGGAAAAAAAAACAAAAAAAGUGGGAGAGAAAGAGGAACGAAAAUGGGGAGGAGCAAGAACGGUGCUUUCUUGUUCACUGAGCUUGUUCUAGUGAUCGCCGCUUUGAUUUCCAGAUUGGGUUUUGUAGGAGCUGCUACUGAUCCAAAUGAUUUGCAAGCACUUCAGGUUCUGUAUGGUUCGCUAAACAGCCCAUCGCAACUGACUGGUUGGAAAGCGACUGGUGGUGAUCCGUGUGGUGAAUCGUGGAAAGGGGUUACUUGUCAGGGCUCUGCUGUUGUCUCGAUUGAAAUUUCCGGGCUGGGGCUGAAUGGAACAAUGGGGUACAUGCUCAACGGUUUUACAUCUUUAAAAGAAUUGGAUUUGAGCAGCAACAAGAUUCAUGAUCUUAUCCCGUAUCAACUGCCUCCCAAUCUGACAAGCCUGAAUCUUGCAAAUAAUAAUAUAACGGGAAGUAUUCCUUAUUCCAUCUCGCUCAUGACGUCUCUUAAUUAUCUGAAUUUUAGUGGUAACUCUCUUGCGCAACCUAUUGGAGACAUGUUUACAAACCGUUCUGAUCUUGCAACCUUGGAUGUUUCUUUCAACAAUUUUAGCGGUGAUCUCCCCCCUUCUUUGGGUUUUUUGUUAAAUCUCUCGACGCUUCGCAUGCAGAACAACCAAUUGACGGGUAGUCUCGAUGUCUUGGUUGAUUUACCUUUGACUGAUUUGAAUGUAGCAAACAAUCGUUUCAGUGGAUGGAUACCGAACGAGCUAAUUUCAAUUCCUAAGUUCACAUAUGGCGGGAAUUCAUUUUCCAAUAGUCCUGCUCCUCCCCCGCCACCAUUUACCCCGCCUCCUCCCGGUAGAUCUCACAAAAGAAGCAACCACUCUACACCAGGGUCGAAUAAAACUCCGGGCUCUGAUGAUAACCAUUCCGAUCACGAGAAUGGGAAUGGAAAGAGUGGUGUGAAAGCUGGAGCUAUCGUAGGCAUAGUUCUUGGAUCUUCGGCUGUGGUUCUCUCUGCUAUCGUUGUGAUGGUUUAUUGCCUUCGGAGGUGUAAGAAGAAGGAAAUUACUGCACGACCCUCUACGGGAAGUCUUCCUAUCAUCGCUGAUAAAGAGGUGCUCGAUCAACGGGCAAAGUCCACAGCUACCGUAGUAGACUUGAAGCCCCCGCCAUCUGAGAAAGUGACGAUUGAAAGGAUGCAAGGAAAGAAUGGUUCUCUCAGGAGAUCCCCGAUAACUGCUACUCCUUAUACCGUGGCGGUACUUCAAACAUCAACAAACAGUUUUAGUCAAGAAAACCUUGUCGGUGAAGGUUCCCUUGGCCGUGUUUAUAGAGCAGAUUUUCCUAACGGGAAGGUAUUGGCCAUUAAAAAGAUCGAUAGUGCAGCGUUAUCACUGCAAGAAGAAGACAAUUUUCUCGAAGCCAUUUCGAACAUGUCAAGGCUAAGACACCCGAACAUUGUCCCACUGGUCGGGUACUGUGCAGAGCAUGGCCAACGCCUUCUUGUCUACGAUUAUGUCGGAAAUGGUAGCUUGCACGAUAUGCUGCAUUUUGCUGACGAGAGAAGCCAAUUGCUUACUUGGAAUGCACGUGUUCGAGUAGCUCUUGGCACUGCUCGAGCUCUAGAGUAUUUGCACGAAGUGUGUUUGCCGUCUGUUGUGCAUAGAAACUUCAAAUCGGCAAACAUUUUGCUCGACGAGGAGCUCAAUCCCCACUUAUCUGACUGUGGAUUAGCGGCUUUGACGCCAAAUACAGAACGCCAGAUUUCGUCAACACAUAUGGUCGGUUCAUUCGGUUACAGUGCUCCCGAGUUUGCGUUAUCUGGAGUAUAUACUGUGAAAAGCGAUGUAUAUAGUUUUGGCGUGGUUAUGUUGGAAUUAUUGACGGGAAGGAAGCCACUUGACAGCUCGAGGGAGAGAUCGGAACAGUCGCUCGUUAGAUGGGCCACGCCUCAACUUCACGAUAUAGACGCUUUGUCAAAAAUGGUUGAUCCCGCUCUGAAUGGCAUGUAUCCCGCCAAGUCUUUGUCCCGUUUUGCUGAUAUUAUCGCCCUCUGCGUUCAGCCUGAACCGGAGUUCCGGCCUCCCAUGUCUGAAGUCGUGCAAGCGCUAGUCCGGUUAGUCCAGAGGGCUAGCGUGGUCAUACGACGGUCCAGCGACGAGUCGGGAUUCGCGUACAAGACGCCAGAUCACGACGCCGCCUCCGGGGACCCGCCUUACUAGCCUUUGCAAUUUUGUAAGUAACUUCAGCAGAGGUGAUGACUGGUUAAAGUUGAAGAGAGACAAGAUAUGCCUAUAUAUAUUUAUAUAUAUGGAAGUAUAGCCAGUAAAUUUUUUUUGUUUGAAGUGUAAUUAUGUUGACAGUUUAAUUCAUGGUAAAUAAUUUACUGGCAUCUAUUGGAACAACUUGAAACACAAAUAAUGGCCAUUUCAUUAAUUUCUUAUGGCAUAUCCAACUUUAUUUCCA